GCUUUAACAUCUGUGGUCGGUCGUACUUCUAACAUGAGAGCUUUUGUAGUGGCGUCGUUCUUGGCAGGUUUAGUGUGCGUAUCCGUUGAGGGCGCUGGGAAGUGUUCUGGAAGUCCUAAAAGGUACAACGGCAAAAUGUGCGCCUCGACUACCCACUACGAAGACUACCACAAGGGUGCCUGUGGCUGUGGGCCGGCAAGUGGUGACAACCAGUUCCAAUGGAACCACAACGGGUUUAACACCGCCCCAAACCAGGCUUUCUUCGAUGCUGCCGGAGGAUCGUGGUGCGGCCAAAACUGCGGCAAAUGUGUACGACUCACAACGACAGGUGGCUGGGUUGACGGCCAGGGUGGACAUGUAAGUGAAGGACAGAGUCACGUGUUCAUGGUCACAAAUCUAUGCCCGAACGUAUACCCAAACACUCGGUGGUGCAGUCAGUCAGCAAGCAACGGUUUCAAAAACCAAGAUGGCUACCACAACCAUUUCGACCUUGAAAAUGGUGCAGGGCAGCUGAGCGCAAUCGGUUGGGCUGACAAGAAUCCGGAGGUGACAUGGGAGUUUGCAGACUGUACCGCAGCGCACAAUGCGGACGGCAGAACAGCCAGUGAUGCCAUGUACCACUCGUGUCAAUGCAGCGGUCAUGGGAAAUAGAAUACCCCUGGUCUUGCUUGUGAAGUAUAACAUGAAUACAUUUUAGAAGGUC